AUGAAGGUCUUCGUCUGUCUCUCGUGGCUGCUGUUGGCCUGUCUCUCUCUGUGUCUUUCUAGCGAUUCUAGGGAUGAUGAUGGCCUCACUGUCGACUGGGGCAGCAGCAGCAGCAGUAAAGGAGAGACACAGCUGGUGGUCAGUUGGAAGAUAGAUAGAGACAGUCAGGAUGUCGUAGAUGCUCAAGAUGUCUCUCUCUGGCUCGUCUCCUCGUCCUUCGAGUCUCUUCUCUGGCGAGAAGAAUCGCCAACUUCACCUUCUACUUCUACUUCACCAACUGCUACUUCACUUACCAUCGCUUUGUCGUCUCUCCUUCUGCGCCUCCACCGACCCUCGCGCACCUUCACGCUCGAACUGCGCCGUCAUGGCUCUCCCUCUCUUUUCUCUGCGUCUUUCUCAGUUACCAGUACCAGAGUGACCGUAUCCCCACGCUCGCCGUCAACAGCAACAGUCGAGCCAGCGCCAGGCUUCGAAAAGGACGACAACCCUAACCCGACAGCCAGCGUCGGCCUGGCAUUUGGCGUCUCCUGCGCAGGCCUCGCUGCCGCUGGUAUCGCGGCCUGGAUCUGCAUCUGGCAGCUGAGGAUGAGGAAGCGCAAGCGCAUGGCCGGUGGUGCCAGAGACUCGGCAGGCCACAGCAUCAACGGAGACGAAGAAGACAGAACUCAUGGGACUGGGACUGAGAUGGAGGUGAUUCCAGAGACACAGGAGAAAGGAGAGAAGAAGAAAGAAAAGAGAGAAGAGAGUCAAGGUCAAGGACAGCUGGACAACGCGAUGAUGGCCCGUCUGGGGGUGUAA